CGGUAAAUAUUCAUCUCUCCUCCUUCACUUUCCUUUUCUGAGAUCGAUCACUUUGAUCUUGAACACCUUGAUCAAUGGAGAGCUUCAGCGUCUCGUUCUCGUCGGAAGAUGAAGAGUCCGAGUACUUGAGUGAGCGUUUCAGGGGCUAUAGCUUGAGUGCUGACGUUAGUGAGUCGGAAAGCUCAACUAGUACUAGCUUUUCUGGUCGGAUAAACGAAGGUCAUGCUUCUACUUCCAUAAAUUCGUCGACUCCUUCCGGACCGGACUUUGCUCAAGAUUUGUACGACAAGAAGAGGCUUCCAAUCAUGUUACCGGCCUUCGGUGGUAGACGUAAUGUUGUAGUUCCGGCGAUGACGGAGAAGACCGAUGCUGAAUUGUCUGAGGUUGAAUUGAUGAAGGAGAGAUUUGCAAAGCUUCUGCUUGGAGAAGAUAUGUCAGGUGGAGGCAAUGGAGUCUGCACAGCUCUUGCCAUAUCAAAUGCCAUCACAAAUCUUUCUGCUACUGUAUUUGGAGAAUUAUGGAAGUUGGAGCCACUAGCACCGCAGAAGAAGACAAUGUGGUGCCAAGAAAUGGAAUGGCUUUUGAGUGUGAGUGAUUCCAUUGUUGAGCUCAUACCAUCAACUCAAGAAUUCCCUGGAGGUGGGACUUUUGAGGUUAUGGUUACUCGUCCCCGAUCGGAUCUAUACGUAAAUCUACCUGCCCUUAAGAAACUGGAUGCAAUGCUGCUUAGCCUUCUGGAUGGAUUUAGUGACACAGAGUUUUAUUACGUUGACCGAGGGAUAACCGUUGCUGAUACUGAUGAUAUUGAAUCAUCUUCUCGGUCUACCUCUUCUAGUAGACCUUCAAUCAGGCAAGAAGAGAAGUGGUGGCUGCCAUUCCCUAAAGUACCCCAAAAUGGUCUGUCUGAAAAUGUGAGGAAGGCAUUGCAACACUGUAGGGAAUGUGCAAAUCAGAUCCUUAAGGCUUCCAUGGCCAUCAAUAGUAAUGUGCUGGCUGAAAUGGAAAUCCCAGGUGCUUAUCUUGAGAGCUUGCCCAAGAGUGGGAAAGCUUGUCUAGGCGAAAUCACUUACCGAUUUAUAACUGCUGAUCGGUUCUCCCCAGAGUGUCUUCUUGACUAUCUGGACCUCUCAUCAGAGUACACCACUCUUGAAAUAGCAAACAGGAUUGAGGCUGCUGCACACAUUUGGAAACUGAAAUACCUAAAACGCCAGCUGAAGCCUACAAAAUCUGGUAAGUCAUCCUGGGGUGGAACGGUUAAGGGAUUGGUUGGUGACAUGGAUAAAUGUAAGCUUCUAGCCACCCGAGCCAAUACUAUCUUGCAGAAUUUAAGGAUACGGUUCCCUGGCCUCCCACAGACCACUCUGGACAUGAGCAAAAUUCAGUAUAACAAGGAUGUGGGCCACUCUCUCCUUGAGAGCUACUCCAGGGUGAUGGAAAGCUUAGCCUUCAACAUAAUGGCAAGGAUUGAUGAUCUCUUAUAUGUAGAUGAUGCGAGCAGGCAACGCGCAGCUGCAAUGCCGAUGUGUCGGCAAAGAAGGUUUGGUGGUUCUGUUCCCAAACAAAAGAGGCUGUUGCGGAGUACUUUCUCGAUUCAGCACAACUCUGAUGGUUCUUCAACUACAUUACCAGCUCCUAAUGAUCCUCCCUAUCAGGUUGCCAGAAGCCCUGCCCGAAAGAGACAUCAAUCUACAAAGACAAGGUGUUUAAAUGACUUGCUGCAUGAGAAGUUAGAAAAUUUGACUUUCUGAUGAUGUUGAUGAAAUAGUGUGGGAAGCCUAAUACCUUCAAAGAAGAUGAUUUGGUUAACCUCACGCAUUCAGUCGACGGUUGAAAUAUAAAUGUUGUUUAUUUCUGUUGGUUCUGUAUGAUCCAAGAACAUAGUAUAAUCUUUAUUUUUUCAUAUAUCCUAGCACAAAGGCAUUUUCCAAUGAGGACCAUUUUUUUAAG